UGUGGGCUUAUACCUAGACGGGCAGGGUGAGUUUUUUCUUUUUUCUUUUUUUUUUAUGUGGAGCAGCGGUGAAAUGUGCGGGUGUUAUUAGCGGCAGUCCUCUUGCGUUUGUCCUCCCAGACAGCUUCGGCUUCUCGGCGGUGGAUGCUUGAAGUCCUCGCCGAAAAGAGGGCACGCAGGGCUCACAGAGAAAAAGGAGAAGGGACGCGGAAGGAGGGAAAGAUAGGGGAGCAUUUUAAUACCAAAUCGGGACACAUGUUGAGCUAAAGGCCCGCUCCACCCCCCACCCCCCCCAACCCCACCUUCUCCCAAAUGCAUUUGUUGCCUCAAUCGCUUUCCCGUUACUAAUUACUCCGCGUUAGGAUAAAGCCAGCGGACCUCCUCUCCGGCUCCAAGGAUCCACACUCGCCGCUAUAAGGGACGAUCAUGGAUCUCAGUAAAAUUGCUGUCAGCAUCAAUAAGGCCAUCAACACACAGGAGGUCGCUGUCAAAGAAAAGCAUGCCAGGACCUGCAUCUUGGGGACCCAUCAUGAGAAAGGCGCCCACACUUUCUGGGCAGCAGUCAACCGGCUUCCUCUUUCCAGCAACGCGGUGCUCUGCUGGAAGUUCUGCCAUGUCUUCCACAAGCUGCUGCGAGACGGCCAUCCAAACGUGAUAAAGGACUCCAUGAGGAACAAGGCCGACUUAACCGAUAUGAGCAGGAUGUGGGGUCACCUGAGUGAAGGCUAUGGGAAGCUGUGCAGCAUCUACCUCAAACUGCUCAUCACCAAAAUGGAGUUUCACAUCAAAAACCCCCGUUUCCCCGGCAACCUGCAGAUGUCAAACAGACAGCUCGACGAGGCGGGAGAGAACGACGUCAACAACUUCUUCCAGUUGACCGUCGAGAUGUUUGACUACCUGGAGUGUGAGCUCAACCUCUUCCUGGGUGUAUUCAGCUCCCUAGACAUGUCUCGGUCGGUGUCGGUGACGGCAGCGGGCCAAUGUCGCCUGGCCCCCCUCAUCCAAGUCAUCCUGGACUGCAGCCACCUGUAUGACUACACCGUCAAGCUGCUGUUUAAGCUGCACUCCUGCCUUCCAGCAGACACUCUCCAGGGACACCGAGAUCGCUUCCAGGAACAGUUUAAGAAGUUAAAGAGUCUGUUCUAUCGCUCCAGUAACUUGCAGUAUUUUAAGAGGCUGAUUCAGAUCCCACAGUUGCCUGAGAACCCUCCUAACUUCCUACGUGCGUCUGCUCUGUCGGAGCACAUCAGCCCCGUGGUCGUGAUCCCCGCCGAGUCGUCAUCCCCUGAGUCAGAGCACGUGGUGGAGACAGACGACCUGGUGGACACGGACGUCCCCGUGUUGCCGCCUGCUUUGGAGACCAAAUUUGACGACCUGUUCGGCACCUCUGCUGCUAUCGACCCCUUCAACUUCAACAGUCAGAAUGGCAUGCGGAAGGACGACAAAGACCGUCUGAUUGAACAGCUGACGAGGGAGAUCCAGGCCCUCAAAGACGAGCUGGAGUCUUUCAGACUGGAGAGUGGUCGCUUGUGUCAGGCGCUGAGGGGGCGUGUCAGCGAGCUGGAGGCGGAGCUUGCCGAGCAGAGCCACCUGAGGCUGCAGGCAGCAGGGGAGAGUGAGUUCCUUAAGGCCGAGCUGGACGACCUGCGGAGGGUCCGAGAGGACACGGAGAAGGAGCAGCGGAGCCUGACAGAGAUAGAGAAAAAGGCCCAGGCCAAUGAGCAGCGCUACACCAAACUGAAAGAGAAGUACUCAGAGCUGGUUCAGAGUCAUGCUGACCUGCUGAGGAAGAACGCAGAGGUGACCCGACAGAUGACAGUGGCCCGGGCAGCACAGGAUGAAGUGGAGGCGGUGAGGAAAGAGAUGCAAGAGAAGGUGAAGGCGGCUCAGGAGGCUGCAGACCGACAGGAGAGGGACCAACUGGAGCAGCUUCAGGUGCUCCAGAGAGAGCUGGUGUCCAGCAAGGUGGAGCUGGACUCCCUGAAGACCACCAUGGCCUCGUCACAGCAGUCCAGUGAGGUGCUCAGCACCCAGCUGGCCGCACUGGAGUCUGAGAAGACGGAGUUGGUGCUGUCCUUGUCGAAGGUGGAGGCGGAGCUUGCUGUCCAGGGGGAGGAGCUAGAGCGAGUCCAGAGCUCACUGGCGACUGAGAGGGAGAGCGGGGUGAAGACAGCGGAAGCCCUGCAGAAUCAGCUCAACGAGAAGGAGAGCAGGGAGCAGGCGUUGGAGAGCCAGCUGGUAGCAGCUCGCUGGUCCAGCCUGCAGGCAGCCGUGGAGGAGGCUGAGAAGAUCAUCCAAGACUCGCUGGCUCAGAUAGACGACCCGGCACACAUCAGCUGCACCAGCUCUGCAGACUACCUGGCGUCCAGAUGUCAGGCCUCUUUAGACUGCAUGGACCGACUCCACUCAGCCAGAGAGGCCUUCAUGGCUGACAGCACAGGUGUAUCUGAGCUGGUGCGAGUGGUGACCCAGUGUGGCCACCUGGUGGGCGACACCAUUGUUCAGGGUAGUGCCACCUCCCACAUGGUGCCUGUGGAGCAAGCUGAUGCCCUGUCAGAGAGUGUGAAGGUGUGCGGUGCUGAAGCUCUGGCUCUGCUGGCCCACAUGAAGCAGCAGGACAGUCUGGCUGCAGCAGACAACAGCAAGCUGAAGGCGGCUCUGGAGGCCAUCUUGGCCACUGCAGAGAAACUGCGUCCUCGGGGUUUGGAGCUACAGCAGGGGGAGCUGGGCGAUCUUGUAGAGCAGGAAAUGGCUGCCACGUCCUCUGCUGUGGAAUCGGCAGCUGCCAGGAUAGAGGAAAUGCUCAACAAGUCUCGAGCAGUUGAUACGGGAAUCAAGAUGGAGGUCAAUGAGAGGAUUUUGGCCUCGUGCACAGAGCUGAUGCAGGCGAUCAAGGAGCUCAUACUGUCUUCCAAAGAUCUGCAAAGGGACAUCGUGGAGAGUGGCAGGGGGGCUGCCUCCAUGAAGGAAUUUUAUGCCAAGAACUCCCGCUGGACUGAGGGACUGAUCUCUGCUUCCAAAGCAGUGGGAUGGGGCGCCACCGUCAUGGUAGAUGCUGCUGAUAUGGUGGUGCAGGGCAAAGGGAAGUUUGAGGAGUUGAUGGUGUGUUCACAUGAAAUCGCUGCCAGCACAGCGCAGCUGGUGGCUGCCUCUAAGGUAAAAGCAGACAAAGAUAGCAGCAACCUGCACCGUCUGCAGCAGGCAUCCCGGGGCGUCACACAGGCCACUGCGGCUGUCGUGGCCUCCACCAAGUCUGGGAAGUCCCAGAUUGAAGAGACAGAUACAAUGGACUUCUCCAGCAUGACUCUCACCCAGAUCAAACGACAAGAGAUGGAUGCACAGGUCCUGGUCCUGGAGCUGGAGACCCGUCUGCAGAAGGAGCGAGAGCGUCUUGGCGAGCUGAGGAAGAAACAUUACGAGCUGGCUGGGGUAGCAGAGGGCUGGGGCGAGGGAGAAGAGGGCACAGGUUGAGACCUGCCGCCCCCGUCGUCCCCCUCCUCUACCAGAAGACCUGCUUCUGUCUGCCUCUUUCUAUUUAUACACACUUUUCACUUGUCUCUCUCUCAUUAUUUCUUCUCUCUUUUUGUUUUUGUUAUCUAAGCCAAAUUAAAAGGUGCUUCUUUUCUAAACCUGCUUCUCCACCCAUGUCUGAAAGCUUCCAUUAAAGGACAGCACCAAGGGCUCAACGACGGUGGGGAAGGGGCCACAAAGGGAGGAACAAAUGGAUGUCGGGAGUGGGGUGGCGGGAUCCUCUCCCCCCCAGGACUGUGUUGGUGAAAAGCUAUUGAAAUGAAGUGGAUCCGUAUUUAUUGUCUUUUUCUUCCCCGGUUCUUAUAAAUGCUGCUCCAUCGAGGAGUCACAGCGGAGACGCUAUGAGCACAAGUUCUACUCAAGACAUCCCAGGAUGCACUGCACAAGGGUCAAGCUCUCAGCAGAAAGAGGGGGAGAUCAGUGACUGUCCUACCCCAGCCCCAAAACCAUGUCUCUGUGUAACAGAUGGCAUGCAUGCUCUCCUACUAAAACAACACUAAAGCUGAGGGAGCCCGAGCUGCUCCUCAUCUGUCUUUAUCUUCCCCUCCCUCGUUUCUUCCUAAUCUUUUCUCACUGUGCGUUAUCACCUUAUUAAGUCCGUACCGCUUCACUGGCUGGUUCACUGGACUUUCUGCCUUUCAACUGUCCACCAUUACAACGACUGUGACUGUUAACUGGAGCCGACCCCCACUUUUUUUUUUUCUUUCCAACAGACGCUUAUAUGGAAACUCUUAAAACCGCUCCAACCUGUCAGAGUUUUUUUGGGGUUUUUUUGCUCUUAACAGUCUUCUCCCAGUUUGCUUUGAGACUGCCAACUACCUCAUGCUACAUCAUCAGAGGUAGCGGUGCAUCAUGGGAAGGUCUGUUGAGAGAGAACCAUUGGCUAAACACUAAUGACAUGGGAUCUUUUUGUUUUUUUCCUUUUUUAUUGGUUGGUAGGAAAAGAUGGUCAUGAGAGGAAAAACCUUUUUAUAUAGAAAAAAAGCAACAACACUUUCCCCCCCUUAGAAAGGUUGUUAAAAUUUAACAACUUUUCAUUGGUGCAUUUCUUUUCUUUUUUUUUUCCUUUUUCUUUUUUACAAAUGUCAGUGGUCAAGCAGCAGUACAAGAUCUGUCCCGGCAGCGGCGGCAGCAGCAGCAGCUUUGGAAGAAGAGCUGGGAUCCAGUCAACACAUAAUGAACUGCUAACAGUGUUGUCUGUCUAAGUUGUUCACUCUUUUAUUUCCUGGAGACAUAAUGACUCUGCCAGCAGGACGAUCAUGCUCCUGGAGGCAGGACUGCCCGCUUAGUCAGAUGAAUCUGCAGAAGCAACAAAAAGAAGUCCUGCAAAGUUAGAUGAUUCAUUUUUUUUUUUUAAAUUAAACUUGAAUGUCAGUUUCAGGAUGUUUUAAGGUUGCACAGACCUUAAGUCAUUUUAGAUUUUUUUUUCUGGCGUAUGACAGGAUCCUGCUCUUCAAACACCCUGCGGGACUGAUGGUCGACUGCAUUGCCUGGACAACAAUGGAAGUAUGCAGCACACAGGCUGCAAUGUUUUCAAUAGCUUCCUCAAGACCAAGUAGCUGUGUAUAUAGACUUACAAGCCUUCUAUUGUUGGAAAUAAUCUUUCUUUUCAUCUAAAAGCAUUCAAGGUUUGCAUCUCUCCAAGUAAGGAUUCAGUUGAAUUGAAUUAGGGAUACAAAAUGGUGCACAUGAGCUUCAUACAACUAAUAUAAGUAUAUAAUUUUUUCCAUAAGAGGUUGUUAUUUAACAGAAUUCUCCUACUGAGGCUGAUGGACUGACUUUCAGCUUGUUGCCAGUGGACUCUGAGAAGACUGAUCAUGCCUUGAAAUAAGUAGGCAUCUGUUCUGAUCCCCAUCACCUACUUUUUCCUGUUUAAUGAAGGCGAUGAGGAUCCUCUUGGAGUUUGUCUUUCUCUGUGUCUUAACAUACUUAGUUUUGACACUCUGCUUCAGCUGUGUAUCUACAAAGUUGUGACACUGGUUUAUUUAACAGACGCUGGUGAAAUAGCAUUUGCCAGUAAUUCUUAAAAAAUAGUUUUAAACCACUUGGUGUUUUGUUUUUUUUUAGUAAUCAGAAUUUGAAAUUAUUUGCCAAUUUGCUGCUCCACCAGGGUAAAACAAAGUAUUAUUUACAGUACUGUUGGAUCCAGGUCUUUUGUAUUUAAUAAUGAUUUUCUGUCACUUCUUGCACACCUGGGCAAAACCGUAGCUGUUGUCAUCAGACAUAUAAAACAGAAACAAAUACCACAAAAGAAGGAUAGCUCCACUUUUUGCGGGAUUUCAAGUGUCUUGAAGGAUGAAUUGAAUGCACCUUGAGUGAUGUUUGGUUGCAUUUUUGCCCAAAUAUUCUUAAUUAACCUGUCCCUUUCUUUGUCUCUUUUUGUCUCUGCUCUCUCGGGUCUGUGUCUGUAGUCCUACCAGCUCAGCCAGCCUUUCAAACUGCCUCACACUAGUCAAAGAGAAACAAAUACUCACAUAGCAACAUUGAAAUAUGUCUUUGUAUGAUAUACUAAAACUAUGUUGGUGGGUUUGGUUUUUAUUUUUUCAGUUUUUAAAAUAAAUAUUUCAACUCAUUAAUACAGAAA